UGCUUUCAGUAUUAAUGAUGUUUUUACGUUGUUAAAAUGUCACGAACUUCGUCUCGUUUAUCGCAUUUCGUAGUUCCGCUUAUCCUCUGUGUAGUUAAUUGCUUUGCGGCCAAUAAUUGCGAUUUCGAUUCGGACGUGGAGCUUGGAGAUCGACUGGGAAUCGACGAUGAGGUCGUGGUCAAAAAUGGCAUUCUGUACGCGGCGAAGGACGUUCAAAACACGGAGGGUCUCAAAAGGGGAUGUUUCUGUGACAUAAACGUUUGCGUGCGAAAGUGCUGCCCGAUGGGGCAGUACAUGUUGAAUAGGACGUGCGUCUUAAGCGGGAAGCCCUUCGUGAUUCCCAACGAGAUGAGGCCCGGAUUGAGCGGGUACCAGUUGGUUUUCGGGAACGAGUGCAAACAUGACAAGAGAAGGAGCCUGCUCGAUCCCGUCUUUGAGGAGGACUAUUUUACGAUCACCACGACCGGAAGAUUGCGGACCCCGUUUGAUGGGGCCGUUUAUAAAUUACGCGACUAUUGUGUCGAUUACAUCGAGCAAUUCGAUAGGAUUCAAGCCCUGGUGUGCGCGUACCGUAAUGCGAACAUUUCAAGUUCGAAUGUUGUGGGUAUGAUCAUCUCGAUGCCAUUUCUCCUCCUAACAUUUGUGAUAUACGCCCUGUUACCUGAACGGAACCUCCACAGGAAAUGCCUGAUGUGCUACGUCCUGACGCUAUUCUGCGCGUACCUGUGCCUGGCCAUCGCCCAGAUUCACCCGAACGAUAUUGAAUUCGACACGUGCGAGGCGUUAGGAAUACUCUGCUAUUUCUUCUUCAUGGUGUCGUUCCUCUUCAUGAACGCGAUGUCGUUCGACAUGUGGUGGACGUUCAGCGGGAUGCGCGGAUUUUCCGGCACAAAAAAGGAGAAAGAGCGCAAGAGGUUUAUAGCGUACAGCCUAUACUCGUGGGGUGUACCGGUGGUCCUAGUCAUAAUAGUGACGAGUCUAACUCACAGCACGAUACCGCUCGACGCGUGGUACAAUCCGGGAAUAGGUGACGGGCAGUGCUGGUUCAGGCUGAGGGGGCAGUACGCCGAGCUGCUCUUCUUUCACGGCCCUCUCGCUAUCCUGAUCAUGGUGAACAUUAUCCUGUUUUGCUUAACGGCGUUUAAGAUACGAGAAGCCCAAAAGGCCACGGUUAUGCUCAGCACAAGCGAUAGCAGAAGACAUUCCAUGGAGAAAGACAAGGAAAGAUAUUAUCUUUUUUUAAAGUUAAUGCUAGCAAUGGGACUUAAUUGGUCAACGGAACUGAUAUCGACGGUGGUGCGCUGGCAGGUGAAAGACGUACCAGAGGACGUCUGGUACAUUACGGACUUGUGCAACGGCCUCUACGGAAUGUUUAUAUUUUUCGUCUUCGUCUUCAAGAGGAGCACGUGGGAGUUGCUGAAGCAAAGAUAUUACACAGCGACGGGCAAGCCCAAUCUACAGCGAUCGAUAAAUGAUCCGCUCGCGUCGGUGCAUUCCAAUAAACUGCAACAGGACGAUAGUAAUUUGUACAAAAAUGGUAAUCAAUUAGAGUUAAAGUAAUGUGAAAGACUGACUAGGUUUAAGAUAUGUGUGAAUUGUGAUCUUUCUUGUGCUAUAUUAAACGCGACACCUUAAAACGGUUUUGGUCUAGCCUGCAAUGAUGCGGCCCAUAUGAAAUGCAGUCUCUGUGUAUUAUUUUUUGUCCACCCAACGCACAAUUACCAAACAAAGCUGAACACACAAAGAAAUAGAGGAAGGAUAAGAAAACUUCUUCAGGACAAAA